AGUAAGAGUGUUAAUCCAUUGAAUUAUUUUCAUUUGGCAUACUAGAGUGAUGACGUCAUCGCACACUUCGGUAUGUGGCGCGCGCCGGUGAUACGCUCCAUUCAGAACCAAUACACUGUUAAAGAAUCAAUCACUGCAGCGCUCUCUUUUAUUUUAUUCUUUAUUCUUCUUUAAUCCUUUUGUACUUCCUCUUCAGCAAUCUCUACAGACGAAGAAUGAAUGUGUGGGGGCUCGUCUGAGGGGAGACUCUUCUCUCAUUGAACCAAAGAGAACAAAGACCUCUGGGGCGCACUGACGAUCGGUCACAGACCUACAUUAAAAGGGUUUACAGGCAUCCGUCGAUCCUCUGCCUACGAGUGGACUGAUAAGCGGCUCAAGUGUAACUCCCUCCGGUAGCAGCAUAUCUAUAGGGGCGGACACCAUGAUUAACCCUUUGUUAUGGUCUCAGUUCAGGGAUGAAACUGGUUUCAUUGACAUGGAACCUUAUCGGGCUAAACUUAAAACAAACAAGCCUGUCUACAUUAAACAAUACCCUUUGUCUUAAGAUAAGGAACAAGGCAUUCAACAUUUGAUUGAAAACUUUGUCAAGCAGGGUGUCCUCGAACAAACACACUCACCAUAUAACACACCAAUAAAUCCUGUUUUGAAAGCGGAUGGGAAAACUUGGAGAUUAACUCAAGAUUUAAGGGCAGUUAAUCAGUUAAUCAUACCACUCGCACCAAUUGUGCCUGAUGUUUUGACUGUUAUGAAUUCAGUGCCACAUUUGCACAAGUAUUUCAAAGUAAUAGAUUUGUGUGCAGCCUUUUUCUCUGUACCUGUACACCCAGAUACUCAGCCUUUGUUAGCAUUUACAUUUAAGGGGCAGCAAUAUUCAUGGAAACGCCUUGCACAGGGCUAUGUAGACUCACCCGCUGUCUUUUCUGCAGCAGUGCACAGAACUUUGGCCAAAAUGACUGAUCUGCCUUCAUCAGUUUGUGUUCUUCAGUUUGCAGAUGACAUACUCGUGUCGGGGGAGACGGAGGAGGACUGUGAAAAAGCAUCUAUAAUUGUUUGCAAUGUACUUGCCGAAACAGGUUUUAAAGCCUCGAAAGAGAAACUGCAAUGGGUUCAAUCUAAGGUAACCUAUUUGGGACAUGUGCUGAUGCAGGGUCUCAGAGCAAUAUCCACAGAUAGAGUCCAGCUGAUCAGAAAGGUUAAGUCCCCACGAACAAUACAGGAGCUUCAAAGCUUUCUGGGACUAAUUAACUAUUGUAGACAGUGGAUACCUGACUGUGCGAUUCACGAUAAGCACCUGAGGGGUCUGAUAGAUCACAAAGCUCCGCCAAACACAGCAUUGGAGUGGACUACGGAAGCUGAUGAACAUUUCAAUGCUUUGAAAGCAACCAUCACGACAGUACCAGCAUUGGGCCUGCCAGACUACACCAAGCCUUUUCACUUGCAUGUUAGAGAGACACUGGGUGCAGCUCUAGGGGUCCUGUUGCAACUUCAUGGCUCAACAUAUAGGCCAGUUGCAUAUCUGUCUAAAAAGUUAGAUAACAUAGUCACAGGUAUGCCAGCAUGUCUUCGUGCUGUGGCUGCAGCUGCUCUGAUUGUACAGAUGGCUGAGAAAACUGUGCUGUCACACCCUUUAAUAUUAUAUGCAUCCCAUCAGGUAGGUGUAAUUUUACGCAACAUGCAAACACAACACAUGACAGCGCAACGACGCUCAGGUUACGAGGCUACUCUGUUGGCAACGAAAAAUCUUAGCAUUCAAACUACAGCAAACAUUAAUCCUGCUUUGCUGGGUAUUUUGGGUAUGGUAGACAUGGCAGAUUUUAAUGUUGAACAUGAUUGCAUCUUUGAACUGACCACCUCUUACUCUUCUAGGUUCGAUCUGUUGGAUACGCCCCUAGAGGGGGGAGAACACAUUUAUGUUGAUGGGUCUUGUUUAAAGCCAUCUGACGGUGUCUACCUCUGUGGCUAUGCUGUGGUUUCCGAGUCAGGAGAGGUAAAAGAAGCUUUUGCUCUAGAUUACAAUUCGGCUCAAGCUGCAGAGUUGAUAGCAUUAAUCCGGACCUGUGAGCUGAUGACAGGAAAGAGAGUAACAAAUCACACCGAUUCUCGGUAUGCUUGGAGUGUUCUUCACCAUUAUGCCAGAAUGUGGGAAGCGAGAAGUUUUAAAACUGCUGAUGGAAAGCCAAUAGCACAUGCAAAUCUGAUAGGACAGUUAACUGAAGCAGUUCAGCUUCCACUCGAAGUGGCCAUAGUAAAGGUCAAGGGUCACGCUUCGGGGGAGGAUGAACAGACUAUAGGCAACAGAAGGGCUGAUGAAGCCGCAAAGGCAGCAGCCCAAGAUCAGAUUAAAUCACCAUUUCAUCCAAAAAAUGAAUCAAAGGUAGCAAUGACGGUGCACAUAACGAAUGUAUCUGACAUUGAUAUCAAAUUCCUGCAAAGUCAAACAACACAGGGAGACUUAGAGCAUUGAAGAAAAAAUGUUUGCACUCCUGAUAAGGAAGGGAUUAUAAGAGAUGGACAGGGUAGAAUAGCACUACCGAAAUUAGGGUUAAUUAUCCUAAUUAGACAUUACCAUGGGUUAUCUCACACCAGUUGUGCAAAAGUAGUUCAAGCAAUUAAUCAAUUGUACUGUAUAGCCGAUGUUCAUAGAACAGCAAAGCUUGUUUUGGAUGCAUGCUUAACAUGUGCUCAGGUAAAUCCGCACAAAUCAGCUAAGCACGAUGCAUUGACACAUCCGGAAGCUCCUUUUCAACAUUUAAAAAUUGAUUUUACGCACAUGCCGUCAAUAGGUAACUUAAAAUAUCUUUUGGUAAUUGUUGAUCGAUUCUCAAAGUGGCCUGAAGCAUUUCCAUGCGCAAAGGAAGAUGCUAAAACAGUGGUAAAAAUCUUAACAAAGGAGAUUGUGCCAAGGUGGGGCGUACCGGCCAGAUUGGAAUCGGAUAACGGGACGAGUUUCACGUCAAAGGUAACACAGCUCUUAGCAAAAACAUUGUCUAUUGAUUGGCAUUUUAAUAUUCCAUAUCAUCCGCAAAGUGCAGCAGUCAUGGAAGAUACAGGAAGAAAGUGGGUUGAUUUAUUGCCCGCAGUCUUGGCAGAAAUAAGAAUGACCCCAUCUUCCACAACAAAAUUAUCACCGUUCGAGGUACUAAUGGGUAGACCUUUCCCGACCCCGUGGGUCAAAGGCCGGUCUGGUAUUUCUUGUUUAGGUGAUCUUCAGGUGAUCCAGGAAGACUACGUGACCUCCAUAGUCGAAAAGUUAAAUUCGAUAUGUGCUCAUGUUUCUUUGUGCCUUUCUCUUCCCUCAGAAAACCCUACUCAUAACUUUGUUCCAGGACAAAAAGUUUUUGUGAGGAGUCUGAAGCCAACAAAGGUUGGAGAACCAAAGUACCACGGACCAGCAACUGUGAUUGCCGUCACACGGACAGGAGUUCUGACGGACUACCAGCAAGAGUGGAUACACGCUUCCAGACUGAAGUUGUGUUCUUCAGGAGAGCAGGCAAGCUCCAAUUUAACAUAGAAUCUCAACAGGGGAUUCACCUUAAUACAUCUCAGGGUAGAGAAAGCACUGACUAAGCUGAGGACAGAACUACCUUUUGUGAGGUAGGGGCCACCCAAAGCAAGCAGAUAGGAGGCCCAUUGAGCCAACAGUGCUGACAGAGCUUCCCCUGAGGUGCAUUGAGGGCCAAAUUGAAUCAUUGAAAUUAUCCUAAUCAUGGGUAUGUAUACAGCUCCACUCAAUGUGGAGAACGCUGGAUCUUACAGCAGACAUGCUAGUAAAUGAUAAGGGUGACUGCAAUAUGCCAAAACAAAUGUCUUUAGUUGUACAAAAGACUCUGAAUAUUCGAGAAGGAAGACCACCAACAUCCGUAAUGCGAGACUAUAACAAUUCGUGUACAGGAGAACCUUUUCAAGGUCCUGCAUUUUAUUUAAAUGCUCGUCCCGCAGAAUUAUGUGUGUGUUCCAAAUCAGGCAGACAUAUAGUAGGGAUGUCCAAUUGUAGAAAUGAAAUUACUUUGUCUCAAUCAAAUAACGGACAUCAUAAUUGCACCAUACAAUAUCUCAAUAAAACUACUGAGGGAUUUGAAUGUCCAUUUUCACACUUAGACUGUUCACCUGGAAUGGUGUUAGUUUGUGGUGAAACUGCAUACUACCAUUUAGAUGCAGGGGAAUGGAAAGGUUGUUGUUAUGCUGCUAUUUUGUCCACAGGAACUAGCAUAAUGGAAAAGACAAAUCUGGCCACAUCUUUGAAUAGACAUAAAAGGGAAGUAAAACUGCCAAAUUAUUAUGGAGGCCAUAAGAUAAGUGAUCCAUGGACUACUCCUUGGGAAAACGUGGGACUGUCCCUAGCAGGUUUGUUUACAGGAACCGGUACUACUGUUGCUCUGAAAAAAAUUAAUGGUCUGGCAUGGCAAGUUCUUUCUUUGGAAAAUGACACAGCACAAGCUUUAAACUUAAUCUCUAACGAAUUAAAGAAAAUGAGAGUUGCCGUCGUGCAACAUAGACUUGCUUUGGAUAUAUUAACAGCAGAGAAAGGAGGAGUGUGCAAAAUGCUAGGAGUAUCUUGUUGUUUUUCAAUUCCAGAUUAUGCAGACAAUGUCACCGACGUUGUGAAGCACAUGAGAGAAUCAGUUCGUGAACCCACACCGGUAGAUGCAACAUGGUUUCAAUGGUUGGACAGCCUAUCCGGGGGAUGGGGAUAUUGGAUAACCGGUACAGUAAUUCCAGUUGUGAUGACCAUCUUAGCCUUGUUAUUAUUUUUGCCAUGCAUGUUGCAGUGUGUGGUCGGAUGUGUUAAAAGAUCUGUUACUUCCUUUACAACCAAAGGAACCGAUCGAAUGAUGUUAGCAAAAAGAACGACUGACGUCAACCAGGCUAUGCUGGUUAGACGCACAUCUAAAGGUUAUCGUCCGAAAGAUCAGAAUCAAACUUGGGGAUCCAUAUUUGAUCAUAACAGCGAUACGGACGAGGAUGAUAAUGAUUGUGUUCAAACACAUGAGUUAGAACCAGAACCAAUACCGGUGAUAGAAGAACCAAGAAAUGUUGAUGAACGUGACAAUGUAAUGGAAGGAGAUAAUGGGCUUGACGAUUCGGUAAUUGAGAUUGGCAUGGUAGAUGAUGAAGAGUAGAUAUAAUUAUGUUUAUGUUUUCGUUUUUAUUGAGGGUGAUUGGUGUUGUUAUGUUUUUAUUACAAAUCAGUCCGAUUGAUCUUUUACCUCAAAGAACAGCUUGCAAACCAGAAAACCACAUAAAAAUACGCAAAUGCAACUAUCCUUUUAUUAAAGAUUUUGUAUUAACCUUUUGUACUACUCUAUGUAUAUUUGU